AUGUCAAAGCCCAUUUUAUGGCUCCGUUGCGAAAAGAAGGAGUUUGAGCGGCGUGCAGCCCUCACCCCCACCACAUCCAGCAAGCUCAUUGCUGCUGGAUUCGAUAUCUUUGUCGAGCGCGAUGAACAGCGUAUAUUCGAUGAUUCCGAAUACGAAGCUGUGGGUUGCACGCUUGUGGACAACAACUCAUGGCCCACAGCACGGACGUCGACCCCGAUAAUAGGUUUAAAAGAGCUGCCUGAGUCGACAGAUCCUCUUCCCCAUACUCACAUACAAUUCGCCCAUUGCUAUAAGCAGCAAGCUGGUUGGUCGAAGGUUCUCUCUCGUUUCCAUCGCGGUGGUGGCACUCUUUACGACCUCGAAUUUUUGCAAGACGCAAACGGUCGUCGCGUUGCUGCCUUUGGGUUCCAUGCUGGAUUCGCUGGUGCCGCGGCUGGCGCUCUCGCAUUGGCAGCUCAGAGAGGUGGCAAUGAACUUGGACUUCUUACUCCCUAUGCGAAUGAGGAGGCCAUGGUAAAUAAUGUGAAGGAAUUGCUCGGCGGCAGUGGCAAAGGUGUCCGAGCGCUUGUCAUCGGGGCGCUCGGAAGAUGUGGGCGCGGCGCGGUUGACCUCUUUAGAAAAAUUGGUCUUGACGAGGACGACAUUCUCAAGUGGGAUCUUGAAGAGACCGCCAAAGGAGGUCCAUUCUCUAAAAUUCUAGACGUCGACAUUUUUGUCAACUGCAUCUACUUGACGUCACAAAUACCUUCGUUCGUGACCCGAGAGCAAGUCAUUGCUGCAGGGAAAGACAGACGGCUAUCGGUCGUUGUGGACGUUAGUUGCGAUACCACUAACCCUUUCAAUCCUAUACCGAUUUACAACAUCAAUACCACUUUCGAUAAACCUACGGUACCUGUCGAUGUCGGUGGAUUGCCGGCGUUGUCCGUGAUAUCCAUUGAUCAUCUGCCUACGUUGCUGCCCAGAGAAGCGUCUGAACAGUUCAGUUCAGACUUGUUGCCAUCACUGUUGGAGUUUCCGGAAAGGGAGACGUCGCGUGUUUGGGCAGAUGCGAAGCGACUUUUCCUCGAAAAGAAAGUGGAAGCGGUGAAGGCAGAGGGUUUGUAG